GAGCGGCGGCACAGUGACCACACACACACACACACACACAGAGCAGCGGACAUGAACCCGGAGCAGCAGAUGGAGCAGAGGGGGCGGAGUCAGUGGAGCAUCACCGUGUUCGAGGAGGAACACUUCCAGGGGAAGAGCUGUCACUUCAGCUUGGAGUGUCCCAACAUCCUGGACCGGGACUUCAGGAAGAUCCGCUCCAUCAAAGUGGAGAACGGACCGUGGGUGGGUUACGAGUACCCUGAGUUCCAGGGACAGCAGUUUGUGUUGGAGAAGGGAGAUUAUCCGUGCUUUCAGGCCUGGAGCGGAAACAGCAGCUACCGCACUGAACACCUUCUGUCCUUCAGACCCAUCCAGUGUGCUAAGCACAGUGACAGUAAGGUGUCCCUCUUCGAGUGUGAGGAUUUCCAGGGUCGGAAGUUCGAGCUGUGUGAUGAUUAUCCGUCUCUGCAGGCCAUGGGCUGGUGUAGCAAGGAGGUGCCGUCCAUCAAAGUCAACUCCGGAGCCUGGGUGGCGUACCAGUUCCCAGGUUAUCGUGGUUAUCAGUACAUCCUGGAGAGAGACCGGCGCGAGGGCGAGUUCAGGAACUACAACGAGUUCGGCACUCAGGCUCACACCAACCAGAUCCAGUCGAUCCGCAGGAUUCAGCACUAAACACUAACACACACACACACAUUUACAUUUAUACACACACACACACCCUACACACACACACACACACACACACACACACUCCUUUCCUCACCACAUACUUCCUUGUGUUUCCACAAACAGAGAUUAAACAGUUAAAAUCCUCUCGGAGUCCGUGUGUGUUUUUUUGCUCUUGACACUGGAGACGGCGUCUGUUAGGACAUGGACAGGCUGCGGACUCGUCUCAGGACAUGACGGUUCACUGAGCAAAUAUUUCCACAGAGAUCAAACACUAGACAUUAAAGCCUGCAUACUGUACACAGAGGAACACCGCUGACUUCAACACACUUCAUUUAGA